GCGGGAGGAGACUGCACCAUGGCUCCGGGGCCCUGGUUCUCCACAUACGAUUCUACUUGCCAAAUCACACACAAGAGGUUGCUGAGAAAAUUCAACAAUGAAACCAGUAAGAAAGAAAUGGUGGAAAUACAACCAGGGUCCAGCCUGAUGACGGGAGGGGCCAAGCAAGGCGUCCCAAACCCUUGGCCCUUUGAGGAGCUGGAGGAGACCAGAGGCUUGGGUUUUGAUGAAACCCGGCAAUGGCAGCAGAAAAUCAUCCAGGGACAGGACACAGGCCUUGAUGCCCUUUCUUCUGUCAUCAGUCUCCAGAAGCAAAUGGGGCGAGAGAUUGGGAAUGAGCUGGUUGAACCAAAUGAGAUGUUUGAUGACCUCGCCAACCUGGUGGAGACAACAGGCGAGAAGCUUUGCACUGACACCAGGUGUGUGAACUUGGUGGACAGAAAGUCAGCACCUUGCAGGAUGAGAAUGGUGAUUUUGCUGCUGCUCGCGGCUGUCGUCGGUCUGCUUGCGGUCUGGCCUGCCACAUGGUGGCAAUAAAGAGACCAGCAGCUGUGACCCGCCGGUGAGGGAGGAAAGCUUAGCACCCAUGCGAUACAUGAAAGCUGCUCUCAAUAAAUUCCCUCAAAGCUCUGGAAGAAAAGAAAAAAAAGAAAAAGAUGUUUUUCCGUGAUAAGCGUGAAUUAUUCUAUUUCGAAUGGUCUUACCCAGGAGUCCUAGUGAAGAAGACCGCACCCAUGGGAGAGGUGUGCUGUUUUGAGGGGAGGCGGUGCUGCAAGGGUCCACCUCAGCCGCGUGCUGUUGUGUGGAAAGCAGCCCGGCUGCUGCAUGUUGGACGAUCUUUAUUUCCCAAGAAGGGAUAAGGAUGAGAAUGGGAAUGUUUUGAUUCAUACUUUCCUUCUGUGUGAGAAUGGCUUGUUAACAACCUGACAAAAAGUUUCUGAGUAACUAUUCAGAAAUAUUUUUUGUCUUACCUAUUGUGGUGGAAAAAUUCUUAAGAUGUAUUUUUAAACGAAUUGUGUUAGUUCCCUCGCAUCAAUCUUAAACUGGAGAUGGGCAAUAAGGAAAAAUGGAUUAAGUAUUUCUACACCUAAAACUAAUUUUAUUAUAUACAGUACUCUGUGAUUUCUAGCAUAACAACUGUAAAUUCAUAUUUUUAUGUCAAAAUAUUUUCAUUCUACAGUUAGCAUUUGAACUUGUUACAGUUUUGGAACAAUAACUGCUAGACACAAGAUGAGCAUCAAGAAACAAAAUCUAUCUUUAUAAACUGUUGUAUUCAAGAACCGUCAUUGCAGAUUGGAAGGCAUUUUAUUCCUGCGGAUGAGUGAUCAUCAAUUCACAGCACCCCCCCCCCCCUCGCCCCCGGGCUGUUCCGAAGCACAGAGGCUCAGGAGAUGCUGGGCUGGAGCUCUGCUCAGCCUCCUUGCACGGCUCUUACCUUUCGGUGCCAGCCGGGCACUCUUGUUUCUGAGACUGGUAUGAGAUGUGGGUUUGAUUUUUUUUUUUUAAUUCACCUUUUAGGGCUCCUUCCUUCCUGUCUUUCCCUUCUUCCUUUAUUUUUGCUAUUCAAUUUUACAAUAAAAGAGAAAAUAUCCACUCUUUUUUUUUUGUAAUUGAGUGCUAUUUUUGGAAGUCACUAUGACCUGUUUCCAUUGUGCUUUUAUUUUUACUAUAACACUGUUUUAUUAAUGCUCUCAUGAGAUAGGUUAGUAUAUUAUCUCUUUUUUUUAACAAAGAAGUAUGAUAUCUAGUAUCUUCUCCCAAGAGCAUUUGAAGAAUUGUGGCAAUUUAGAAAUCAGACUUUGUCAAAAUCAGAGCCUAGUAUUUAUUCCAAUAAGCCAGACAGCUUCAUAAUUAAUAUUAAGAAGAUAUUUCACACUUUUAAAGGUAGUAUUCCUUUUUGGGCCAGGCAUUUCAAAUGUGAUUCAAUAGAAGAUUAAAAAUAAUAAUUUCUACUUAUAAAAUUAAAGAUGACAGUUUUUCCUUUGUGACCUUUGAGAUGACUCAUUUUGGGGAGGUACAGAUUGUAGUGUAAAGAAAACUAAGCAUGUGCAUAGGAGACCUCUUUGUGCUCAUCAAUGAAUUGUUGAUUUAAUUUGCAUGAAGUACAUGUGGGCUAGGUUCUUAGCCCUCCUCCACAUCUGCAUCUGCAGACACAGAUCUACAGACACAACUUCUCUCUUCAUAAGGGCUAAAAUGAGAACUGAAAGCAAUGAGAAUUCAGUGGAGUAUGACUAAUUAUCAGGGUAUAUUAACCAGUUCUCUUCAUGCUUUACUGUGAUGCAAAUCAUGUGUGUAUUUCAAGCAUUUUAUAAUUGUUCUGAUGUUAACCAUUAGGCCAGAUUUGUAUUUCUGAUGCUUUUAAUGUUCUUUUAAAAUAAUGUUUGGAAAAUAAAAAUAUUGAAAAUUCUAACAUUUCUGAAUAU